AUGGCUGCUGACAUUGAUCAGCUGACGGAACUGAAGGAACGAGUGAGUGCAUCUACUGCAAGAGGAAGGAAGCGUUUUGAGGUAAAAAAGUGGAAUGCAGUUGCUCUUUGGUCGUGGGAUAUAAUAGUGGACAACUGCGCUAUAUGCCGCAAUCAUAUCAUGGAUUUAUGCAUUGAGUGUCAAGCAAACCAAGCUGCAACGGCGUCAGAGGAGUGUACGGUUGCCUGGGGAGCUUGCAAUCAUGCUUUUCAUUUUCACUGUAUUUCUCGUUGGUUAAAAACACGUCAGGUUUGUCCUUUAGACAACCGGGACUGGGAAUUUCAGAAGUAUGGCCAUUAA